ACAACACACAUCGUUACCGCGGCUGGCCAGUACAAUCGGUGCUAUCGGAAAGGCGGGUUCCUGCAAGGCGAAGGAAAUCUCUUGCACUAGAGAUCCGCGGUGUGGUUCUCUUUUUCAUUUCCUUUCUGGAAAACUGCCCCAACCACUGUGAGAAAGCACGAUGAACAGCAUCGGGGAGAACUGUACGCAGCUCAAGAAGGAUUACGAUACCUGCUUCAACAAUUGGUUUUCGGAUCGAUUUCUGAAAGGCGACACGGACGAUUCGCUGUGCGCUCCACUGUUCAAAGUUUAUCAGCAGUGCGUGAAGGAAGCCAUGAAGCAGCACCAAAUCGAAUUUAAGGAAAUCGAAAACGAUUACCUCGGUACGAAGGACGAAGAAAAGAAGCCACCACCGAAGGACAGUUGAAGUGGUUCGGUUUCUCCACGUUCCGUUCAUGCUGAUGGGGAAGGUCCCGACAGACUGCUCUAGUCAAAUAAGCAAGCAAAAGUUCAACAUUUAGUUAAAGAUUAUCGUUUUACCCCUUGCGGAAGCCCGGCUCCACCCGGGUUACAGUGCAAUUAUUUACGCCUAAAGCUAAAACACCCGUGGUGAACGAGCCGGGGACGCAAAUAGUGUGCGCUCGGUCGGUGUGUAACGUGUUUCCUUGACAACCAUCAUCAUUCCUUGGAUUUAAUUAGCUUAAAAGGGAUGAAAGUCAACAAUCGGUACUGUUUUGCGUCCCACGUUGCGUCGUUUCACAUGAAAUAGUGUGUUUUCGUUGAAAAUAAAAAGCUCCUCGGUAUCAACGAUCGAUACUUAACGGGAAAA